AUGCAUACUUCUAGAAAAUGUACCGGGUCUACGGUCGAUGACUUCUGGCAGAGGCUCAUUUAUCAGGUCGCCGAGGAGGAACCGGCGGUGCGACAUGCAGCUAUUGCUAUGAGUUCUAUGCACUGGCAAUUCAUACAAGAGGUCAACUUUUCCAACUCAAAGCCCUAUAUAGAAGAAAGUUCAGCUUUCACUCUAGCGCAGUGCACCAAGGCUCUUGUUUCUCUUCGCCAGAGACUAGCGAAAGGCGAUGCAUAUGCGACAACCAGCGCGCAUAGAGAGGCGGUUCUUGUUUCGUGCAUUGCGUUUGUGUCGCUGUCUCUCUUCCAGGGCGAUGUCAAGGCCGUGACUUCACACCUGCGGUCCGGUUACAGCGUGCUGAUGGAAUGGCAGAGGGUCAAUUUCGACGGGAACCCCUCUGGUGUGAUCCUAAUGCGCGCGUUUGCGGACCUGCAACUACACCGAAUUACAUUCUCACAGCCACAGCAUGAGAUGGAAGCCGAAGCGGACGAAUUACCGAUCUGGCAGGCCAUCACCGUAUGCCGACCUGUUUAUGGGUAUUCUGGGGUGUCUGAAAGUGACUUCUCCAUUGUUCUUGGAGCGAGUAUCACGGCAAACUAUCCACAGGGAUUUGAACGCCGUGUAGGACCUAGUAUACAGGGGAUGAACGAUGCCCUUGCCGAUCUACUCUAUCAGAAUAGCGCGGAAAAGACGCUCGCGGAGAGAUUAUUGAACUGGAAGAGCGAAUUUCAUGCUUUCAUUUCAACACAUAGAGAUACAUUAUCGCCCCAAGACCGUGGCCCGCUACUCGUGAUCGAGAUGUGGACUACGAUCAGUGAUGUCUUACUUUCGGCUCUCAUGAGGCCCUUGGAUGAGAUGUCUUAUGAUUCCUCUUUGCCUCUAUUCCAGCGGAUUAAUGCGUUAGCGUCGCUCUACUUGAGCCUGGAGGAGCAGGUUUCGUUGUUUUCUACCAAAACUUUGCUUCUCCAGGUCCUUCAUUUCACUGCCACGAAGUGCCGAGACUGGCAUACGCGCCGGGAGUCAUUAAGCUUAGUGCGUCAAUCCCGGCGGCGAGAAGGACUCUGGACAUCUAAUCAUUUUGUGGCUCUGUUAUCACACGUUUUUGAACAGGAGUCUGCUGGUUUGACGCCUAAUGAUGUGAUUCCUCGCGCAGCUCGUAUCGACCUGUUGCAUCUCAAGCCAUUGGAUCAGAAGAAAUUCAAUUCAUGGUAUCAUCGACCUUGCACUCCUGAGGAGAUUGCCAAUGGCGCUGAUGUUCAUGGAAAGUGGACCAAAGUGGAGCUAUCGGCUUAA